AUGGCCAAGAAGAAGCGUCAGAGGAUCAGCUAUGUCCUGCCUUUGGCGAGCACGCCAGGCGGCCAUAGACUUGGGGUGAACGGAUUAGCCUUUGACGAAGAACGCAAUAUCUUAUACACCGGUGGACGCGAUGGAGUCGUGUGUGCCUGGGACCUCGACCUCAGAGCGCAAAAGAGGAAUCCCUAUACCGAUGCCACGAAGGAGAAAAAGAGCACCGUCACCUUCCGCAAGCAGGUGCAGGCACAUACACACUGGGUGAAUGAUAUCAUCCUGGUGAAGAACAACUUGGGCCUGGUAUCCGCGUCUUCAGAUGUCACGGUCAAACUAUGGCGACCACAUGGCCACGAAACUGCGCAGGCAUACACCAUCGGGUCCCAUAGCGACUAUAUCAAGUGUCUGGCCGUGCCCGACCGCAGCUCCGAUUGGGUUGCGUCUGGCGGGUUGGAUCACAAGAUCUGCCUGUGGGAUCUCAGUGGAGCUGGAAAGACGCUCGAAAUCAACGUCAGUAAGGCUGGCGACGUCGUCAAGGGCUCUGUGUACGCCCUCCGCGCUCGGGGGUCGAUGCUUGCUAGUGGAGGUCCGGAGAGCGUGGUCCGGCUUUGGGAUGUGAAUUCCGGCAAAGGCAUCACCAAGCUCGUAGGACAUACAGACAAUGUGCGAGAUAUCCUGAUCAGUGAUGACGGUGAUACUUUGCUCACGGCCUCGUCCGAUCAAACCAUCAAGGUUUGGUCUAUCGCCGCUGGACGGUGCAUCCAUACCCUGACCAUGCAUAACGACAGCGUUUGGUGCAUGUACUCAAACGACCCGAACCUGGCCGUCUUUUAUUCGGGGGACAAGUCCGGCCUGGUGGCAAAGACAGAUACUCGGCACGCCAUGGAAAUUGACGAUGGUGUGUCAGUUGCCGUGUGUCAAGAACAUGAUGGCAUUAGUCGUGUUCUGCCCGUUGGCAACUCGGUAUGGACAGCAACUUCAAGCUCCAGUGUCAAUCGAUGGCUGGACGUUGAUACGGAACUCGACAUCGAGACACCACCCACUUCCCCACGUCAAGAGCGUAGAGCAAGCCUAGAGACGAGGAAUCACCUGUCGCCAGAUUCUUCCGCCACGCCACCUCCAACCUCCAACGGUGAGGGCGACAAGAACAAGAUCCCUCAUAAUGCCGUUCUACGCAUCUCCAAUACUGCUCUACACCCAGGCAGGAAGAACUUGGGCAGGCUUCCUAAUACGUCUGCAACGAACGUCAGGAAGGCCUCGGAAGCCAUGAUCACGGAUGAUCUGAGCCUCGUUGUCCCCAUUCGAGGACAACCAGCCGAAACCAUCGAGGGCCAAAAUGGACUGAUCAAGCAUGUGAUGCUGAAUGACAAGAAGAGGAUCCUCACCUUGGACACGGCCGGAGAGGUUGUCCUGUGGGAUCUGCUCAAGUGUGUUCAGAUCAAGUCCUUCGGCCGCCGACACCUUGACGAAGUUGUGCCAGAAGUGAAUACAACCGAAAGCGUGGCCAACUGGUGCGCUGUAGACACCAAGACUGGCAAAAUCACCGUCAUGCUGGAGGAGAACUAUUGCUUUGAUGCUGAGGUUUAUGCGGACGAGCUAGAUUUGCCCAAUGACCUUGCUUUCCGUGAGGAUCAGAGAAUCAAUCUCGGGAAAUGGGUACUGCGCAACCUAUUCUCAAAGCUGGUUGACGAGGAAAUCGCGCGAGACGAGGCCCAUCGACGCACAAUCUACAUUCAGCCGCCCCCGAGCAGUGGCCUGAACCGACCAGGCGCACCCACUAGCAUUAUGCUGCCAGAGUCCGUCACGAGCACUCCUGUGGUAUCUCCUGGGAGCCUUACAACGCCGCGGGCAUUCAACGGGCAUCCCCACGUUCCCGCGACCCCCAGCCUGGCAAUUGGAGCGGCGACUCCAGGUUUCGCGCCGUUAAGUGGCACGCUGACAUUGCCUCCUACAGCCGAAGAAAAUACUGCACAAAGCAAUGGCGCUGUGCCGUCAGUGCAGCCGACUCCCCCAGCUACCGAGACACUGAACGAUUACUUUUCUUCUCCCACUCCUAUUCAGAACCUGUCCGAGGCAUCGUCCGAAAGCACCAAAAUCCCCCUGACUCCAGGUGCAGUAGAGGGCACGGCGCUAUCCAUACCGACAUCGCCAACCGAAGAAAAGAAAAAGGGUCUUUUCGGCAAGAAAUUCCCAAUGACAUUUCCCAAGAAGCUGUCCACCAGGACAUCGACUGAGGUCAAGGCCCCCGUCGCGACGGAAGAAAAAUCGGACACGGCAUCCUUUAAGUCGUCGGAAAAGGAGGAGAAGGUCAUCGAGGAUAACUUUUUCGGCGUGAUCCAAAAGAUCCGGCAAGAAUAUGAAGACCACUUGGACUCCAAACCAGAUCAGCCGCCCCCACCAGGCAUUACGCCCAGCUUGCCUAUUGAGACGCCUGUGUUGACGCCACCGCCGCACACUGCCAUUAUCAUUCAGGAAGACAACCCGGAAUCCGGGGGCUUAGCAGACCAGUAUCGAGGCGAGAUAGGCGAUCUGGGCAGUGAGGCCGACACGUUGGAAAAGAUCGCGCCCAUGUGGCUGGGUGAAAUGUUGCUCAAGAACCAAAUCCCAUACAAAGACAGCGUGAAAGUCUCGUUCGUGCUCCACCCCUAUGAAAACCUGUUGCCAUCGAUCGCCUCGCCGGACGGUAACGCACGUCUCAAUGCGAACCGCAUGCUCCGGGCGAAGAAAAUCAUGGCCUACAUUGCCGAACGCAUCGAGGCGCCACCGGACCCGGACCGGCCUGGGGCAGACCCGGAAAGCGACGCCCUCAAGCCGGAAGAAUAUCUCGAGUUGUAUUGCCAGGGCCAGCUGGUCGAUCCGAACACGACGCUGGCAACGCUCCGAGUGCAUGUCUGGCGCACCGGCGGCGAUGUCGUCUUGUAUUACAGGACGAACGGGCGCAAGGAGCUGAGACUGCCGCACCCAUCUGACGUACCGACUACAGAGGAGAGCGAGGAGCACACUGGGGUGGUGAGGUAG